AUUGGCUGUAGGAAAAUCCUUGGCGGAAGUUUGUCAUUCAGGGCGGGAAAAUGACACCUUCCAUUUCCUCGUGAAAAUAGCACCGUUCCGUCUCCAACCAAAUUACUUUUGUUAAUUUUUUAAAAGUGAAAUUCAUGCUUUACUAACAACAACAUACCAAACCGUUUGGCUAAUUCGAAUAAACGGAAGUCUUACGGAGUCGUUACAGGACAGAAUCAUGCAAGCAUUUUUAAAAAGUGCUACCGGUCAGACAACUAGACCUCUGAAGGAUAAGUUGUCUUCGGGUUCCAGCAUAGAGAAGAAAGCCAAGCUUACCCCUUGGGUUGAAAAAUAUAGGCCAAAAUGUGUUGAAGAAGUCGCCUUUCAAGAAGAGGCUGUAGCAGUGCUGAAAAAGUCACUUGAAGGAGCAGAUCUUCCAAACCUCCUGUUUUAUGGCCCACCUGGAACAGGAAAGACCUCUACGAUAUUAGCGGCUGCAAGAGAACUUUAUGGUCCAGAAUUAUACAAACAGAGGGUGCUUGAACUCAAUGCCUCAGAUGAAAGGGGCAUCCAGGUGAUCAGAGAGAAGGUCAAAAACUUUGCUCAGCUCACCGUAGCAGGGACUCGGCCAGAUGGGAAGGCAUGUCCUCCUUUUAAGAUCAUCAUUCUGGAUGAAGCCGACUCCAUGACUGCGCCAGCUCAAGCUGCACUUAGAAGAAUUAUGGAGAAGGAGUCCCGCACCACACGUUUCUGUCUCAUCUGUAAUUACAUCAGCAGGAUCAUUGAGCCGUUAACUUCCAGAUGUUCAAAGUUUCGUUUUAAAGCCCUUGCUGACAAGGUUCAAGAAGAGCGUCUACUGGAGAUCUGUGAGAAGGAGAAACUGAAGUACACAAAAGAGAGUAUAUUCGCUCUGGUCAAAGUGUCCGAGGGAGACCUGCGGAAAGCCAUCACCUUCCUCCAGAGUGCUGCACGUCUCAUUGUCGACAGUGAGAUUACAGAACCUGCUGUCAUCGAAAUAUCUGGGGUUGUUCCUAUCAAGAUGAUCAACGAUUUACUUCAGGUCUGCUUUAAUGGAAGUUUUGAGCAACUAGAGUUUGCUGUCAGGAGCAUGGUGGAUGAAGGAUAUGCAGCCACACAGAUCCUAAGUCAAAUUCACGACUCAAUCAUUGAGCACGACUUGAGUGACAAGCACAAGUCUGUUAUCACGGAAAAGAUGGCGAUUGUGGACAAAUGCCUGUCUGAUGGUGCAGAUGAAUACCUGCAGCUGCUGAGUCUAUGUUCAGUAAUCCUGCCACAAGCACACUGAAACAACCAAAAGUGUGACACGACCAGGCAGAAUAUGCGAACCAGCACUGAAACCUGCGUGGCUUGAUUGAAUUCCAAAAAAACCUGACAGCGAUCCUGUCUUUCAUGAUCAUCUGUGGUCAAUCACAAACCAUAGAACAAGCAUUUUUAAUGCUUCGCUCCAUUUGUAACUGAAUAAAAGUAAUAUUGUUUCAGGGUUUAAAUGAGGCAUUUAUUGGUACAGUGGAACCCCUAAAUUGCUUGAAACAAAAUCAUGGGAAAAGAAGAUAACAAAAAUAUUUAGUUGAAUUUUUCUUUUAUCCCAGACAAUUGUUUUAGUUUGUUUUGAUUACCUUAAGUCAAUGUCAUCAUGAAAUUUGGCCAUAUGUAAGACUGUGUUUACAAAGGAUGUCCCUCCCACCACCAAUCAUCCAAUUACGAGCUCCGUUCUUUAUCUUCGUACAGGUUGUCGCAGCUCUGUAGGCUUUGUGAACUAAGGUUGUUACAACUUUCGCAGAAUUAACGAUGUCGUCUAUCAAUCGAGCAAAAAAAAAAAAAAAAAAGUGUUCUAAAUCUCAAAUGAGUCAGGAGAAAAUCAGUUGUAAGACAAGGAUAUGCAUGAGUUGCCUUUGCUCAAUGGCGACAGAACAAUUUCAGUAUGAAAUCCCACUCAUCUCUCUGGUGGAGGUACUGUCGCUAGACGAAAGACAACAUACCCUAAAUGAAAAAUCAUGUUCAAAAUGAUGAUCAUUUGAAACUUUACCUUAGAGUGAGUUUGUACUUUAAAGAUAAAAAGGCUCAGGAGCUUAAGCGUUAAUUUAUACUCUUUGAAAUUUAGCAGGACAGUUUUAAUUCUAGUAUGUUUGUAUUAAAAAUACAUUGUGGAUAAUUGUUUUUCCCAUGUGCUUAUAUAACUGAAAGGGAAUUCUGUUUUGAGUCAAAUUAGUAUAUUAUAAUACUAUAAAAUUAUUAUAAUACUAUAAUAAUAUACUUUUCACAUACCAAAAAAAAAAGGGUCAAGGUUAGCAGGUCUGCCGGCUCAACCAAUGAGGGUUUUUUUUUUUUUGGGAGUUGGCAACACUAAGCAGACGACGGCUGUUGUGAUCGAUGUAUCAUCCCCAACGAAGGAACAGGAGAAACUAGAGAAAUGCCAAGUGCUCAAAGAAGAGCUGGAGAGGGCCUGGAAGGUGAAAGCAUCAGUGGUGCCAGUGGUCAUAGGAGUACUGUGUCCCCCACAAUGGAGAUGUGGCUCCAGCAGAUACCUGGAGGAAAUCUGACAUUUCUGUCAAGAAGAGCGCAGUCAGGAACAGCAAAUAUACUGCGCAGGACCCUCAAGACCCUAAACGAAUUUUUAUCCUUUCCACCACACAUGUUGAUGACCCCAAAACAGAGUGUUGAGAAUAAAAUGAACUUAUACAAUACUGUAUAUAAAAUGAACUUACACAGACACUGUUCGUGUUCAAUCCUCGGUUCAAGAUCAGUUGUUGUUGAAGCUUUUGAAAUCUGGGGUUUAAAGAUUCUAAAUAUCCAUCUUGUAACCUCAGGUGUAGUUUUGGCUAAGCAAAGCAAAGGACGACCCUAAGGUGCUAGUCGCAUGAUCUGUUCGG